AUGCCUCCACCAACUUCAGUCAAAACCAUCAGAAGCUUCCUUGGACAUGCCGCAUUUAAGGAGUUAAAAAAGAGACUGGUCACAGCACCCAUCAUUGUUGCCCCCAACUGGGAGAAACUGUUCAAACUAAUGUGUGAUGCCAGUGACUAUGCAUUGGGAGCAGUGCUGGGCCAACGGAAAGAAAAACUGAUGCACCCAAUCUACUAUGCUAGUAGAACGCUGAGCGGAGCCCAGUUGAACUACACUGUGAUUGAAAAGGAGAUAUUGGCUGUUGUGUUCUCGUUUGAUAAGUUCCGAUCCUACCUGAUAGGGUCCAAGGCUUGUAAUGCAUCGGCGUAUGGUGGACACUUUGGAGGGGUUAGGACAGCGGUAAAGGUGCUAGAGGCUGGAUUCUUCUGGCCGACAGUGUUUAAAGAUGCGCACCUAUGGGUGAAGGGCUGCAAUGAAUGUCAGCGGAUCGGGAACAUUUCCCGACGCCACGAGAUGCCAAUGCACCCAAUUCAAGAGGUGAAAGCUGUGGCAUUACCCACCAAUGAUGCAAAAGUGGUGGUGGGAUUUCUAAAGAAGAACAUAUUCACCUGCUUUUGGACACCACGAGCAAUUAUCAGUGAUGGAGGCACUCAUUUCUGCAACAUGGCCUUUGAAAAGUUGCUUGCUAAGUACGAUGUGCGCCACAAGGUGGCUACUCCUUACCAACCGCAGAUAGUGGACAAGUUGAAGUGUCCAACAGAGAAAUCAAGAGAGAGAAUGAAGAGGCUGCAUGACCAGAACAUUGUUGAGAGAAAUUUCGAACCUGGGGACAUGGUACUGCUAUACAACUCAAGACUAUGUUUGUUCCCAGGAGCUAUUGAGAUUGCCAUAGAGAAUGACUCUCGUACAUUCAGAGUCAAUGGUCAGAGAUUGAAGCCAUAUGUGGGCAUGAGCGAGAAAAAGGAAGUGUCUGAGCUGCACCUGACUGACCCACAAAGGUCGAACGAGCCUUAA